AUGAGCGUAUACUUGAGCUUCUUAUUCGGCGUUUUAACGCUAGAAAUGGCCAUUUUGUUCGUGCUAGUGCUUCCUCUGCACUACCGACUUCGCAAAGCUAUUGUGAACGGGUAUGACAAGUUCAUGGGUAAUCUGCAAGUGAAAACCGUCAUAUGGAUCGGUGGGGCGCUAGUCGGCUUGCUGUUUGUGGAUUCUUGGAAAAGAGCGCAAAUCAGCGUGUUUCUGCACCAUCAUAAGACCACUACAGGGGCCGAUCCCUCAGGAUCUGGAUCUGUGACGCCAGUGCAAGCACUAGCGGCAAGAGCAUACAACCAGCGUAACGUAUACAUUACUGGGUUUAUUCUGUACUUCAGUCUUUGCAUUCCCACGGUGAUGAGCGUUGUGAGAAGGCUUGUGAAGUGGGAAGAGCUGAACAGAAGCCUGGCAGAGGGCAAAGCGGGUUCCAACGGCGAAAAUAACGGCGAAGAAGAGCUCGCGAGUUUGCAGAAGUCGUUAAUGCAAAAGAAGGCGUCGCUAGAGGCCCUGAAGAAGCAAAAGACGAAUUUGGAAGCACAUUUCGACAGCAACAACGAGCCUGUCGCAGCUACCGAUUCUAGCGACAAAAAGGCCAACUAA